CGCCACCCCGGGACCCGCGCCGCUGCCCUCCGGCCUCGGCGGGCGGCGGGAGGCGAGAUUUUCUAUGUUCCUUUUCUACAAGAGAGUUCCCAGGCCGAGAUGCCCUGUUGAGAUCGGAGCUGGACUCGAGAGCUGGGAGAAUUCCUGCAGCAUCGUCACCGCGGCGGUGUGACCAGCUGAGACGGUCACCUUGGGAGCGGUUCCGUUUCGGCAUCUUGCGUCGCUGAGCCCAAAGAAGGACUCCAUGAAAGAUGACAGAAGAAGUCAUUGUUAUAGCCAAGUGGGACUACACCGCCCAGCAGGACCAGGAGCUCGACAUCAAGAAGAACGAACGCCUGUGGCUGCUGGACGACUCGAAGACGUGGUGGCGGGUGCGGAAUGCCGCCAACAGGACGGGCUAUGUGCCGUCCAACUACGUGGAGAGGAAGAACAGCCUGAAGAAGGGCUCCCUGGUCAAGAACCUGAAGGACACGCUCGGCCUGGGCAAGACCAAGAGGAAGACGAGCGCCAGGGACGCGUCCCCGACGCCCAGCACGGACGCCGAGUACCCCGCCAACGGGGGCGCCGACCGCAUCUACGACCUCAACAUCCCCGCCUUCGUCAAGUUCGCCUACGUGGCCGAGAGGGAGGACGAGCUGUCCCUGGUGAAAGGGUCGCGCGUCACCGUCAUGGAGAAGUGCAGCGACGGCUGGUGGCGUGGCAGCUACAACGGGCAGAUCGGCUGGUUCCCCUCCAACUACGUGCUGGAGGAGGUGGACGAGGCGGCCGCGGAGUCCCCCAGCUUCCUGAGCCUGCGGCGGGGCGCGCCCCUGAGCAAUGGCCAGGGCGCGCGCGUGCUGCACGUGGUCCAGACGCUGUACCCCUUCAGCUCCGUCACCGAGGAGGAGCUCAACUUCGAGAAGGGGGAGACCAUGGAGGUGAUCGAGAAGCCGGAGAACGACCCCGAGUGGUGGAAGUGCAAAAACGCCCGGGGCCAGGUCGGCCUUGUCCCCAAAAACUAUGUGGUGGUCCUCAGCGACGGGCCGGCCCUGCCUCCGGCGCACGCCCCGCAGAUCAGCUCCCCGGGGCCCGCGGGCAGCGGGCGCUUCGCGGGCAGAGAGUGGUACUACGGGAACGUGACGCGCCACCAGGCCGAGUGCGCCCUCAACGAGCGGGGCCGCGAGGGUGACUUCCUCAUUAGGGACAGCGAGUCCUCGCCCAGUGACUUCUCCGUGUCUCUCAAAGCAUCAGGGAAGAACAAGCAUUUCAAGGUGCAGCUCGUGGACAGUGUGUACUGCAUCGGGCAGCGGCGGUUCCCCACCAUGGACGAGUUGGUGGAGCACUACAAAAAGGCCCCCAUCUUCACCAGCGAGCACGGGGAGAAGCUCUACCUCGUCCGAGCGCUGCAGUGAUGCCUCCCGCCGCCCUGCCCUCCAGGCCCCGUGCCACACUCGCUUCCCCAGAGCCCGCGGAUGGCCCACGAAGACGUGGUCGGCUCGGCGCCUCUGCCGGGGCGCUCUGCCCAGUGGCCUGUCCCUGUUGGCUUCCUUUGCCUGGCUGGUCUCUCUGUCCAGGCUGUUUGUUUCCGUCUGCGCCCUCUUUGCCAGCCCAGGCCCUCACUCCAGGCCCCAGACCACUCGCUCCCGAACGGGAGGUGGGGGGCGAGUGUGUUCACUUUAUUUCUUCUCAGUUGGAAACAGCUUCAGUCUGUUCAACCCGUUCACACUGUCAGCACGUCUCAGUGAGAAGACACUGGGUGCCGCUGGGAUGCCCCGAAGCGGCCCUUGAUGACGUGACCUGUGGUGCACUCCCAAGGUGGCCGCUCAGGAGAGUGCUGGGCCCUCGCCCCCAGGCAGCACAGGCAGAGGUCCCGUCCCAGCCGCGCGUCUGGUCCCUGCCCUCACCUGGCUCCCAGACUGUCCAGGGAGUGCACACGUGUGCUGGUAGCAGUACUGCAACCGCAGGUGACACAGCAGUGGGGAAGCUGCCCAGUGCCUUGGGGCUGUGCUUGCAAUAAGAGGACAUCCUUGAAGGUCAGUCUGCAGGAGGACGGUGACUCGGAAAGAGGUGUUCUGGUGAUUUACCCCCAGAUGUGCCAUCCACAUAGUGCUUUUCCCUCUUGCCCUUUGGCUUUAAAUUCACAAUUAUGUAUUUAAUUCUCAAAGUAAUAUGUAUCUGUAGCCAUUUGUUGACACUAAUACAGAUGAUUAAGGAAAACAGCUGAUCUUUUGGGGAAGGGGAGCUACCAACAUGUUACACACACACACACACACACACCCCCACACUAUAUAUAUAUAUAUAUAUGUAUUUUAUAUAUAUAUAUAUUAUUUGCUUUACAGGGAAGUUUUUCAGGGUUCACAAAAAUAUGUAAUUGGUAGUAAGAGACACACAGAAUGUUUAUGUUUUCUCUUUUCUUUACAUUUGAACUUCUUUAUAGUUUAAAUAGACUAUCUUGAGAUGGCACAUUCCUACAGUCGAAGAAGGGGUCUUGAGACCUCCUGAACUUGCAUACUCAGUUUUUGGAUAUUGUAAUAAAAAAGUGUUAUGCUGAGCUGGUGCGUGUGUUUGCCGGAGAACAGCGCCUGCAGCGGCGCUCAGCCCGGCGGGGCAGGCCGAGAGGAGGUCCGCAGUCAUCGUUGCGUUUCCUUUUCUACCACUGCAUUUUUGUAUAUUGAAGUAAUAAAUUUUAAUUAGUGAAACUCCAAGAGAA